AUGGAUUUUAAUCCAUUCACUGAGCCUUCAAACUUUGUUGAACUGCUUAGCAGUCAACAAAAUGUUAUCUUUGGUAACGUAUCAGAUAGCGUGUCACAAUCUUCACCGCAAGUUCCCUUCACCGAUGAUUCAAACUUUUGUGAAGACAGUCAAGCAGGGCCGAAGGAAAGAAGGACUUGGACGCCUUCAGACGAUGUGGUGCUCAUCAGCUUGUGGUUAAACACGAGCAAAGAUCCCGUAGUAGGGAAUGAGCAAAGGUCUAAUGCUUUCUGGAAAAGAAUAGCUGACUACUUCUCUGCUAGUCGAAAGCUUGCUGGUACUGACAAAAGAGAGGCUUCUCACUGCAAGAAUCGGUGGCAUAAGAUCAAUGACCUAGUAUGCAAGUUUGCUGGAGCAUAUGAGGCUGCAUCGAGAGAGAGAACCAGUGGGCAAAAUGAGAAUGAUGUUCUCAAAGUAUCCCACGAUAUCUUCUUCGCUAACCAUAAAAAAAGUUUACUCUUGAGUAUGCUUGGAAAGAGUUGCGUAAUGAUCAGAAGUGGUGUGCCCUGUCUACUGCAAAAAAAAAAAGAAGGAAGCUCCAAGAAAAGACAUUGUGAGGAUGGUUCAGACUCCACAAGCUACAAAGCAACCGAAGAAGAUUCUGCUCUUGAUGAUGAAGGAACACGUCGACCCCCGGGAGUUAAGGCCGCAAAGAAAGGCAGCAAAGAAAGGCUGUCUAAGAAGACAGUGGAUGACAGGAAGGAGCUGGCUCAGUUUGAGACAAUGUGGAGCCUCAAGAAGCGGGAUUUAGUGGUGAAAGAAAGGCUGUCCAAGAUGAAGUUACUGGACAUUCUCAUUGCUAAAAAAGACUCUCUUGCGGAUUAUGAAGAAGCUUUGAAGAAGAAACUCAUUCAUGAGUUAAUGUCAAAUUAA